AGUGCUAAUCGUGGACUGGUCACCUAACCUCGUGCACAGUAACCACGUAUAUGUACAAAUGUGUUUGACCAGACUGAUCAUUAUUUUGCUCAGUUUUUUGACCGAUAUUUCUGUCCAAGAAGCACAUGCAUCGAAUAAACCUUCGACUGAUUCCCAUGGCCUCCGACAUCUACACAUUUUGUUUCGACAUGGUGACCGGUCUCCUAUAACUGACAUACCUGCUAUCUUACCGAACUUCUCAUCCGUGUGGCCACAUGGCUUUGGUCAACUUACAGAUGAGGGUAUUCAGCAGCACUUCAUGCUUGGUAGAUGGUUGCGGUCAAAGUAUAAUGGAUUCAUCCCCGAUAAAUAUAAUGGUUCCGAUUAUUAUGUACGUAGCACAGAUGUUGACAGAACUCUUAUGUCAGCUAUGGCUAAUUCAGCUGGGUUUUAUAACUCAUCUCAUUCCCCUCUGGCUAAUUAUGGUGUAAAUUGGUCUCCUGUACCUGUGCACACAAAACCUCAAGUAACUGAUGCACUUCUAGGUGUUUCACUGUGUCCUCUUCGGGAUAAAUUACAACAAGAACAAAUGAAUAGUUUUUCAUCUGUUGAAUUUGAAAGUCAACAUUCUAAAUUGUUUAACAAACUUACCAAUGAGUGUAAGAUUGGUCAAGUUAACCGUCAUAAUGUAUGGGAAAUUUCUGAUUUAAUUACUUGUAUGCUUGCCCAUAAUCUUACUCUUCCUGAGUGGUGUACGAAAGAAUUACUGGAUGAAUUACACGAAGUCUCUAAAUUUUAUUGGGUGCAAAAGUUCACUUCAUCAAGUGAUAUAAUCCGAUUAGAGAUCGGUGUCUUCUUAGACUCAUUUGUCAAGCAUAUACGUUCAGUCAUUUAUGGAGGAAAUCUAAAUAUGACUGAAGGACACACCUUGUCAACUAAUCACAUAAUGGUUUAUUCAGCGCAUGACACCGAUGUAACUUAUUUAUUAGCUGGUUUCGGUGUUUAUGACAAUCAAACUGUCAAUUAUGCUUCAACUGUGAUUCUAGAAUUAUAUGGUCCAGAGAAAUCGAAUAAAGAAAGUGACUACCGUCUUAAAUUGUUAUACAAGAAAGGUUGGACUGAUGACAAAGGUGAAUAUUUAACUUUUCCUGCGUGUAAAGGUCAACCGGGUACUUCUGGUUGUCCUGUGAAUCUUGUAUUUGAACAGAUUAAACCAUUGUUAAUAGAUCGUGAAAGUUUUUACAAUUUAUGUUCGUUGAAUCAACCAGACAAUUAUUAUCGAUUGCAUCCCGUUUUACUUGUGCUUCUUGGUGCAUUGAUUUCCGCUGUUGUAUUGCUUACAUUAUUUUGGUAUUAUACAUUCCGCAGACGUCGUUAUCACAAUCUAGAUGUAAUGGAACAACCGGUUAUGUAGAUAAAAAAGUGGUGGAAAACAAACAAAAAAUAUGAUACAUUUACAAUUUGAAAAAAACAAAAAAAACAGUUAGUAGUGAGGAUCUCUCUCUCCCUAAUUUUUUGUAUCCCUUGUCCUACGAUUAUUGUCCAGACAUCUUGCCUUUAUUUAAUUAGUUUUGACGUACUCAUGUUGUUUUUGUGAUGUCUUAUUUUUGUAUACUAGUACUACUACUACUAUUAAUACCAUCUUUCUAAAGAUUCUUUCCAAAUUUCGAUCUUAUUAUGUAUGCUCAAUUAUUUUGUUUUAUAUUAUUAUUAUUGUUGUUGUUAUGAUUAAAGUUUUAUAUACAUCUAACUGUUGUCUUACAUAAAACAAUAUGCAGCAAAC